AUGGGCUUUAAUUACAUUCAAAUUACAGAAAGUUUUAAUUGUUUUUUGUUUUUACCCAAAGAAAAAUUCAAAAUUAUAACUAAAAUAAACUGCUAUUUAAAGUCAAAAAGCUUUUUUUUAGUAGGCAAUUGUUUAAAAUUAUGCUUUAAUUUUUCCCCAUGGAAGAAAAAUAUGGAGUUGAACAAAAGGGAAAGGGGUAAGGAAGUGGUGACAUUCCAAAAAAUUAGAAGAGUGGAAAUCUUUGUUUUGAGUGGGCAAAAAUUUUGGCCAGUUUUCGGUACAGCUCGGUCCAGCAGGUUUUUGAGUCUUGAAGAGACUUAUUCAGGACUGUUAUUAACUGUCUAUCAUUGGGGCACUUUACUUGUGUUUUUCGCUAUUCAUUUCAAAUGUCAGUUAAUCCUAAUAAACGCUAUUCAGACUUAA